CCAUUAACACACAGCUCUGUAGUCGCCUGUUCCCCUGACUUUCCACCUCACUAGACAGUAUCAUCACUAACUUCUGCAUUCCUUUAAUUGAACAAAUGCGUAUUACUUGUUAAAUAUGUGUCAUAGGUACAUACAUACACGAUAAAGACCCAGACCCUGCCGAUGAGAUCAGUAACUGCAUCUCUUCUCUGGGAUCUCGGCGUCUAAACAGCGCCAGGUUCAAAUCGCUUGUUGAACGAAUGAACCAAGGAAGGAGUGAAUGAACGAAUGAAUGCCCACGAAGGACGUGGUGCCGCGCAGCCUUCUGGGAAUCGUAGUCCCCUGCUUCGGGCCUGUCUUUAUGGCGCAGGCGUAUUCACGUGGAGGCCGUGUUGCUGUUCAUGCGCAUGUCCGGGAAUGCGGCUCGGAGAACUGCGCAUGCCCGAAGGAGGGGUGGGGCCGACGGGGAGCCGUACGGCGGAGGCGGGGCUUCAGUGGCUUUUGGUGCUCUUGGGUGAGCUCUGCCCGGCUGCGGGGAUGGCGGGGAGGGGGAAGCUCAUCGCAGUGAUCGGAGACGAGGACACGGUGACUGGUUUCCUGCUGGGCGGCAUAGGGGAGCUUAACAAGAACCGCCACCCCAAUUUCCUGGUGGUGGAGAAGGAUACAACCAUCAAUGAGAUCGAAGACACUUUCCGGCAGUUUCUAAACCGGGAUGACAUUGGCAUCAUCCUCAUCAACCAGUACAUCGCAGAGAUGGUGCGGCAUGCCCUGGACGCCCACCAGCACUCCAUCCCCGCUGUCCUGGAGAUCCCCUCCAAGGAGCACCCAUAUGACGCCGCCAAGGACUCCAUUCUGCGCAGGGCCAGGGGCAUGUUCACUGCUGAAGACCUGCGCUAGGGGACUCCUCACAGCCCUCAGCCCUUCCCUCGUUUCCAGGCCUCUCCCCAGGCUUGCCAUCAGCCUUCUUUACUUUUUGAGCCUCUGAUUUCCAAUUCCCUGCCCAUUCCCACUCCAUUAAGAGGCUAGGUGAGGCACUUCUAGGUUGCUGGGGCUCUGCUGUUAAAGCUGGUUAAGAAACAGGAAGCCUGACCAUCUCCCUCCACUACCUGUUCCCUGUGCUGUCACACAGUGUCAUUGUUGAUGUUAAAUUAAAGUCAUAUUCUUGUUUCUCUCCAAA